CCCCGCAGGCAGGCGGAUGGCCGCGACGCUGCGCAGCGGCAGCCGCUUCCCCCUACUGCUGCUACCGGCGGCGGUGGUCCCGGUCCGCCGCGGCUCGCUGUGCGCUGCCAUGCAGCAGCCCGCCGCUGUGCCGGCGCGGCCCGGCGGCCCCGAGGGCGGCGGCGGGGGGUGGCUGAGCGCGCUGCGCUUCGACAACCUGGCGCUGCGCUCGCUGCCGGUGGACGCCUCGGAGGACGGCGGGCCGCGGGCCGUGCCCGGCGCCUGCUUCUCCCGGGUGCGGCCCAGCCCGCUGCAGAACCCGCGGCUCGUGGCCAUGUCGCUGCCGGCGCUGGCCCUGCUGGGGCUGGAGGCGCCGGCGGCCGAGCGGGAGGCGGCGGAGGCCGAGGCGGCGUUGUACUUCAGCGGCAACCGGCUGCUGGCGGGCUCGGAGCCGGCGGCGCAUUGCUACUGCGGCCACCAGUUCGGCAGCUUCGCCGGGCAGCUGGGCGACGGCGCCGCCAUGUACCUGGGCGAGGUGCUGGGCCCGCGGGGCGAGCGCUGGGAGAUCCAGCUGAAGGGCGCCGGCCUCACCCCCUUCUCCCGACAAGCUGAUGGUCGGAAAGUCCUGCGGUCAAGCAUACGGGAGUUCCUGUGCAGCGAGGCUAUGUUUCACCUUGGAAUUCCAACAACGAGGGCUGGAACGUGUGUGACAUCUGAUUCAAAAGUCGUCCGUGACAUAUUUUAUGAUGGGAAUCCAAAAAGUGAAAGGUGUACAGUUGUUCUGAGAAUAGCUUCUACAUUUAUAAGAUUUGGUUCUUUCGAAAUUUUUAAACCUCCUGAUGAAUACACAGGACGCAAGGGUCCCAGUGUUAACCGAAAUGAUAUUCGAAUACAGAUGCUCGAUUAUGUGAUCAGCACUUUCUAUCCAGAAAUCCAGGAGGCUUAUUCAGACAACAGUAUUCAGAGGAACGCUGCUUUCUUCAAAGAGAUAACAAAACGGACAGCGAGAUUGGUUGCUGAAUGGCAGUGUGUUGGGUUUUGCCAUGGCGUGCUGAAUACAGAUAACAUGAGCAUAGUUGGACUAACCAUUGACUACGGCCCUUUCGGAUUUAUGGACAGAUAUGACCCUGAGCACAUUUGCAAUGGUUCUGAUAAUACAGGGCGCUACGCUUACAACAAGCAGCCGGAGAUCUGCAAGUGGAACCUGGGGAAACUUGCUGAAGCCCUAGUUCCAGAGCUGCCCUUGGAAAUAAGUGAACUUAUCCUGGAAGAAGAAUACGAUGCAGAAUUUGAGAAACAUUAUUUGCAGAAGAUGAGGAAGAAACUAGGCUUAAUCCAACUGGAAUUAGAAGAAGAUAGUAAGCUGGUGUCUGAACUCCUUGAAACCAUGCAUCUCACAGGUGGAGACUUCACAAAUAUUUUCUACUUGCUGAGUUCGUUCUCAGUAGACUCUGAUCCUUCAGAGUUGGAAGAUUUCUUAGAAAAGCUUACGAGUCAGUGUGCUUCUGUGGAGGAACUGAAAGUUGCUUUCAAACCACAGAUGGAUCCAAGACAACUGUCAAUGAUGCUAAUGUUGGCUCAGUCUAAUCCUCAGCUGUUUGCAUUAUUUGGAACAAAAGCUAAUAUAAAUAAAGAAUUAGAACGCAUUGAACAAUUCUCUAAACUGCAGCAGCUAACAGCAGCUGACUUACUCAGCAGAAAUAAAAGACACUGGAAAGAAUGGCUGGAGAAAUACAGAGUCCGUUUGCAAAAAGAAACAGAAAAUGUUAGUGAUGCUGAUGCCUGGAAUACUGAUCGUGUGAAGGUCAUGAAUUCAAACAAUCCAAAAUAUAUCUUGAGGAAUUAUAUUGCCCAGAAUGCCAUAGAAGCAGCUGAAAAUGGGGAUUUCUCAGAGGUAAGAAAUGUACUAAAACUCUUGGAGAAUCCAUUCCAAGAAGCAGAAGGCUUCAGGGAGGUAAAGGAAGAUGCAGAAGAGGAGGGAGCAACUGCUACAGCAGCUGCUUGUGCUCAGGAGACCCGGAGCAGACUACCAUACUGCAGCAAACCUCCGCUGUGGGCUUCGGAGCUCUGUGUUACAUGAUCUUCAUAACUGCCUUGUUUUAUUUUUUGCUGUGAACUGAAGACUGUUGCUCCUUCAGCAGCGAAGAAUUCAGCAAGGCAAACAUCAAAGUGCUAUUAAGUUAUUGAAACAACCCUACAUUUGGAUGCAUCUGCAACAGUCUUCAGCUGUGCUUAAUAUGAAGCAAUUGUGGAUCAUUGCAACAAACCAAUGACAAUCAGCACAUCAGUAAUUUAAAUGUUUUGAGACUGAAAGUCUUUAUUCAUAUUGCAUUGCAAGCAGAGAGCAAUAUUUUAUGUUGAGGCAGGCUGAAUUCGAACAUCCAAAUGGGAUUGUUGUUACGUGAAGACAAAAAUAGCAAGUCAGGAAACUGAUCUGUUUUUGUCUGAUGUCUUAACUUAUAGUACUUCUGACAUUUAUUUACUGCUUUCUCUAUGCAGGGACUUCUAGUCCUCUUUAAUGGAGGAAUAGAUUCAGUGUUGCUUGUUUUAAGCUGUUUCAUUUAAUUAAGUCGUUCAUUUCUUGUGAACCUCCAGAUUAAUAUUUGUCUAUUUUUAGAGAAUUUGUGCAGGCCAGGGUUUGGGGGGAGCAAUUGAAUAUGGUGUUGUUUUUGUUUGUUGGGUGUUUUUUUUAAAUACAAUAAGAGCAGAAUUAAGGGAUACUAUAAUAUUUGCACUUGAAAAUCAUGGUGGUAAAGUUUCUUCAGGUUCAGUAUGUUUGCAUACAACACAUGUAAAUAUUUACUAAAAUCAUGGGUGCAGUUUGCAAGCCAGUUGACUCGGGCAAGGUCAGUUUGCCAAAUUAGUGUGAACCUUAAACUACCCCAGUGCUCCAGUCCAGGCUCGCUGGCUGUUUGUUUGUGUACUCUUAACAGAGUCUCCUUGUGGGAGAAGCGUGGGGUACCUGUUUGUUCACACUGGUCGGUGGGAGUCUGCCAUUCCCACUCUGGUCUUGUACCACUUUGUUGGCUUCCGUGGUCUCUGGAAAUCUUUACGCUGAAAGCUGCUGUUCAGGAACGUGCUAUUUGAGCUUGUGUAAAAGACAGAGGAUACGAGAGGAGGAUGGAAGCUGACUUGCUUGCAAGUUACUUAUUGAUAGUGUUUCAGUUGAGGUUUCAGGGGAAAGUUUUUUGCCAUUAUUGUCACGGCAGAAAAAAAAAAAAGUUGUUCUGUAGUUAGCUAUUACUUUGCUUUCUGAACUCCUUUCUUAAGGACUCUAUUACUGGUUCAGAAACCUGAAAUGUUGGGAAAAGUUUGGUUUAAUGCAAAGGUUUAUUUUUUCCAAAGAGACCACUGUCUUACACUGUGAGUUUAAGUGUACUCUAGUAAAUUCUUCCUCCAGACCUCUGCAAGCUUGGUUAGCUCAGGUUGAAUUGUGCUCUUUUAAGUCUUCCUCAAAAUACGAGCUAUCAAAAAACAGGGAGAACAGUUGGGCUACUGCUUAUCCAUCCGUACUGAUAAUCAAUCUGUUCUCCUUGCUGCCACAGUGAAUACGUGAUGCUUUGAAUGUAAACAUUCAUUCUGUCUUGCCUUCAACCUGGAGAAACUGAUUCAACAAGAAGAUGAACUGUGUGCUGAUUUUGUUUC